GGGGAGGAGGAAGGAGGGAGGGAGUGCAGUGAUUCAAGUCUCAAAUUCACCAAGCAAACACACAAGCCUUGGAGUUUGCCUUCACACGCACACGCAGAAAUCUCCGGAGUCCCCUUCGAGAGUUACAAGAGCUCGUCUCAUUAGGUGUGGCUAGAGACUCCCCGUCUCUUUCCUUGGUUUUUAAACCAAACCUCUUUUGAGGUUCAGCUCGGAGCUGCAGUGAUUUCAUCGUCGUGAAAGGUUGUCUUUUUCGAGCUCAGGCAUGGAGACUGAACUGCUAAUCGCACCGACGGAGGAAUACCACGCCACAGAGGACUGUGAGACCACUAGCCGGGCACUCUAUAACUUCUACGCAGCUGUGAUGAUCAUCGUCUUCCUGCUGGCUAUCCCACUGAACAUCUCAAUCCUCCACCUCUUCAUCGUCAAGCUCAAGUUUUGGAAAACCAACACCAACAAUGUGUUUCUGUUCAACCUGGUCCUGGCCGACAUCCUGCUGUUGUUCUGCCUGCCUGUGAAGGCCUACAACUUCAUCCACGGUGAGAGACGCAGUGAGAACGAAGUGGUCUGCAAAGCCAUGCUCUUCAUGCUGUUCCUCAACCGAGGAGCAAGCAUCGCCUUCCUCACCGUCACCUCCAUCGACCGCUACUUCAACGUGGUGCAUCCUGGGAGGAAGAACCUCCUGAAAGCCCUAAAGAGGUCUCCUCAGAUCUCCAUCCUGAUCUGGCUCCUGCUGCUCCCUCUGACCAUCCCCACCAUGCUGAAGACCUUUGAGUGCUGCAACAGCCACAAGAGCUACAACGCCACGGAGAAGCGGGACGACGCCGUGGUGAAGGACGUGGUGGACAGUCUGAGGGAGGUGGUGUUCUUCACGCAGAUCUUGGUCCCCUUCAUAAUCCUGCUAUACUGCACGGUGCGCAUAGUCAACCGCCUGAAGAGGAAGACGGUGGGGGACAAGACCAAGCUGAGGAGAGCCAUGUUCCUGGUCUCCUCCGUCAUGGUGUUGUUCUCUGUCUGCUUCCUGCCCUGCACCGUGGCCAGGAUUGUUCUGCUGGUGGCCCGGGUUCAGGAGUGGAAGGAGCUCUCAGAGGACGUGGCGGCGCAGGUGUUUGACGGCCUCAUGGUCCUGUCCUUCAUCGACUGUCUGCUGGACCCGUUGGUCUACUGCUUCUGUAGCACCAAGUUCAAAAACAUCUACCUGGGCAAUUACUUUCCCUGCCUUCUGAAGAAACACGAACACCCCCUUGAUAACAGCACCUCCACACCAAACACAAAUCCCAAACGCGAUAAUGUAAAUACGGCAUACUAGCCAAGCCCCGGGGGAAAACAAUGUUCUCAUCUAUGUGACUAUUUAGGGAAAAAUACAUUACAAAAAGGAUGUACAGUUAGCCAAUCAUUUUAAUGCUUGCGUAAAAUUGAUUUUCAUUGUUUUUUUCAUCAGACCUCUGCUUGUCAUAGUGCCGCCUGAGCAUGUAGCAAACGCAACACGAUUAGCUUCUGCCAAAGGAAGUCUAAACAGCUUGCUUCCAGCUUUUUGCAUUUGCUUCAGAGCUCAAGGCACUUGGCAAUACCAAGACAAGUUCAAACAACUAUUGGUUGUUUAGAAGGCUGUAAAACGUCUUUGUACAGAAUAUGGUAAUUUCUGCUGUUUGCUAAGGCUGCAUGGUGACAUGUCUGUGUUGUUGUGUGCAGAUGUCGUGAUUCACCACUGAUACACCGUACAGUAACCCGUCAUGUUUACAUUACCCCAGUCUCACUUUACAUUACGUUACUGCUCAGUAUGACUGAGUGGUUAGUAACUGUCUGGGUUAAAUGUAGGGCACUUGUCAUGCAAGUCUGGUUGAAGGCACUUUAUUUUACUGAGGGCAGUUCUGUGGUAGCGUGAGCUGCUUGUUUGUCAGUAAUAACAUGAAAUACCAGUAAUGUACAUAUAUUUCAUUUGCAACUCCAUUACGUACCUCCGUCCCCCCCUGAAUGUUAAUGAUGCCAUUACAGACAAACAUGAUUUUUCAAUUUCUUGUCCCUCCAUAAAGUUUGUAUAUUAAGAUACAAUGUCAGAAAAAGGCUUGUCAGCUCAGUUUUUUGAGGUGUAGCUUUAUUACCUUGGGUUGGGCAUGUUGGGACAGGAUACACCUCUGGUCCCAAAGUCUCAGCCGAUGAUGGGAACGUCUGGGAGGGCAGGUUCCUAGUUCUCUGGAAAUCGGCAGGGGGGAGGCGAGCUGGAGCACCAGGGGACAAACCUAGAGAAGCUAGAUCUUCCCCACUGGAAGGGAUGACAGCAACCGACGUUCCCCCCUCUGAAUAAUUCCCAAGUUCUUUGGUACAGUCCACUCCAGAAGUUGUCAGUGCCGGUGCAGCUGAGCCAAACCAUUGGGUAGAGAGAGAAGGGGGGAAAGGUAGACCUGAGAGGAGAAAACAGCAAAGUAAAGGUUAUGAAUUGUAACAUUCCAUUCUGUAGAAGUGCACAGUGUACAUCAAAACAAGGCUCCAGGGCAACAACAAAAAAGGGCCCAGACCAGGGCACUUUAAAAUAUUGUUCCACUUAAGUGUCAAGAUAAAUUUAGGUGGAAGCAAAACAGUAGCGCCCAUGAAUCUAGCCACACACGUUUAACUUCAAUCAUGCAAUAUGAUUAAGUAGUAGUGUCCAUAUAUUAACAAAGAGCACUAUAAAACAUUCAUCUUAUAUCUAACCGCAAAAUAAAUUACCUCAUCUACUGAAGCCUUUAAUACUGUGAAGCAUUUUUGUAUAUUUUCAACGUGUACAUAUUAUUAAAUAAUGAUACUUCAAUAAAAACUAUGCUGUAAA